AUGAGACGCAGUCUGCGGCCCAGAACUACCAUCCCCGAUUCCGAGGAUGAUUCACAUUUCAGCGAAACGUCAUUGAGGAAUUCAUCGCCCCUCCGUCGAUCACAGACCCUGCGAGUGGGUGGAUCAUCCCUUCCUCGAUCUCAAUCUCAGCGCGUUAUCCAAGAUUCCGAAGCGGACGAGACAGAUUACGUCGAUCGUUCAGAUUCGAUGGCCCCAGAAACGUCUGUCCCAGGCAAUAUUGCAGUGGUGGUGCCAGCGUCGAACAAUGAUUUACCCAGUGAAUCGAAUUCCCGAAGCUCAUCUGAGAAAUCGUCCACAGGAUGCAAUACACCAGCUACUAGCGUCGAAGCCACCGGCGCCAAGCUUCCAGCGCGUAUCAAUGCUUCUGAUCGUGCAAACCAACUCCGGUCAAGCAAAUUGUCCUUGGGGCUUUUUAAAAGAGGGACCAAGCGAUCUACAGCUACCCGGGAUGAAGAUGAUGGCCGCGAGGCCUCUGAUGCUGCUCUGGCACAUAAACUCCAGAUGGAGGAAUAUGGUCAACCCCAAAAGAGACAGAAAUAUUACUGGGCUCCUAUCGGCCAAGGUCAACUAUCCUCUGAUGAAGACUGCGUGGCGGAGGACGACGAGUCGACACUGGGUGAUAGGACUGUGUCAUUAAGUCCCGAACCACCGGUUUUACUCCGGGGAAUCCAUACAGGUCCAUCGGAGUACAAUCUCGCCGACCCUAAUUAUGCUCCUGAGAAUCCUUUCGAGGAAGUGGUCAAUGGUGCUACAGAACGUGAUCUCAGCGAUCCCUUCUUUGCUGACCAGGAUCAUUCCGAUGAAGAAGCUGACCUUGACGGCGACCAAUUAGUUGAUUCCGACGAGGAUCUUUCCCCAACUUGGGAGGAGCAGCGAAAGGCCCGUCGUGUGGCGGCCGACCGGAAGAAACUCGAGAAGAAACAUCCAACAAUAAUCACCAUGUGGGAUGAUCUAAAAUCCCGGCCUAUCAUCGCGCCAGAGGAAGCUAAGCAGCCAGCCUCCAUUACUCGAAAGUUGAAGCCAUUCCAACUCCAGGGUUUGAACUGGAUGAUGCAACAGGAGCAGACCGAAUAUCGCGGCGGCUUGCUCGGUGAUGAGAUGGGCAUGGGAAAGACCAUCCAAGCCGUAUCACUCAUCAUGUCUGAUUUUCCCCAGCGCGACCCUACACUAGUCCUUGUACCUCCAGUUGCUUUGAUGCAGUGGGUAUCUGAGAUUCAGGAAUACACGGAUGGCAAAUUGAAAGUCCUAGUUUACCAUAAUUCGGACCCAAAGGUCAAGAAAAUGACGUCAAAUGACCUUCGAAAAUACAAUGUUAUCAUGAUAUCCUACUCAAGUUUGGAAUCUAUCCACCGAAAGCAGGAGAAGGGCUUCACUCGCGGUGAGACAAUGGUCAAAGCAGAUAGCGUUAUCCAUUCUAUUCACUACCACCGCCUCAUCCUUGACGAGGCACACAGUAUUAAACAACGCACUACAGGUGUUGCUAAGGCAUGCUUUGCCUUGCAAGCUAACUACAAGUGGUGUCUUUCCGGCACACCUGUGCAGAAUCGGAUCGGGGAGUUCUUUUCUCUCUUACGCUUCCUGCAAGUCCGGCCAUUUGCCUGUUACUUUUGCAAGCAAUGUGAUUGCGAGCAGCUACAGUGGACUGCCGAUAAAUCGGGUCGCUGUACAAAAUGCUCUCACACGGGCUUCAACCAUAUUUCAAUCUUCAACAAGGAAAUCCUCGGUCCAAUUACCGAGGGACGAACACAGGUAGAACGAAAAGCCGGACUACAAAAGCUUCGUCUCAUCACAGACCACAUCAUGCUACGACGAAUGAAGCAAGACCAUACGUCCUCGAUGGAACUUCCUCCUAAACGGAUUACGUUGCACAAUGAAUUCUUUGGCGAGAUUGAACACGAUUUUUCACGCAGCAUCAUGACCAAUUCCACCCGGGAGUUUGAUACAUAUGUCAGCCGUGGUGUCAUGCUGAACAACUAUGCCAACAUCUUCGGCUUGAUCAUGCAGAUGCGCCAAGUCGCAAACCAUCCGGAUCUUAUCUUGAAGAAAAACACGCAGCCAGGAUUCAACGUUGCAGUGUGUUGUGUUUGUGACGAACCAGCCGAAGAUGCAAUUCGAUCCCAAUGCCGCCAUGACUUCUGCCGCCAAUGUGCCAAAGACUAUAUACUGUCUUUCCAGGACGAGCAAAAAUACGUUGACUGCCCACGCUGCCACAUAACCCUUUCAAUUGAUUUGGAACAACCAACGCUUGCGCACUCGGAGGAGUCUGCCAAAAAGAAUUCCAUCAUCAACCGCAUUUCCAUGGAAAAUUGGACCUCGUCGACCAAAAUCGAGACGCUCCUGUAUGAACUCUACCAAGAGAGAAGCAAGAGCCACACUCCCAAGUCGAUCAUUUUUUCUCAGUUCACUUCUAUGCUGCAGCUCGUCGAGUGGCGUCUGCGUCAUGCUGGAUUCAACACUGUUAUGCUGGAUGGAUCAAUGACCCCGGCGCAACGGCAGAAGUCCAUUGAGCACUUCAUGACCAAACCGGAGGUUGAAGUUUUCUUGGUUUCUCUCAAGGCUGGCGGUGUGGCUCUCAACCUGACAGAGGCCUCGAGAGUUUUUAUCAUCGACCCGUGGUGGAACCCCGCCGCGGAAUGGCAAAGUGCCGAUCGCAGUCAUCGAAUUGGCCAGCAGCGACCCUGCGUUGUGACUCGGCUCUGCAUUGAGGACUCGGUCGAGUCUCGAAUCAUUCAGCUCCAAGAGAAGAAAGCCAACCUCAUCCGGGGUACCUUGAACAAGGAUCAGGCCCAAGCACUGGAAAAACUCACCCCGGAAGACAUGCAGUUCCUUUUCCGUGGAACCUAA